CUCUCACUGUCUCUGCUGCUAUCCACGGUAUCGGCCCGAUUCUAAAUAUCUGGACAAGAAGCUAUCUGGGUGUCUGAUCAAGAAUGACAAAAAAUAAUAUUUAACAGCUAUAGAGUUAUGUUAUGUUACUGUCAAUGUCUGUUCAUUGGAAAUAAUUACAGGACAUAUACUUUCAUGCACAUGAUACAUAAAUUAUUUACAUCCCCAGGUCUCUUACACACACCCCUCUCUGUCUUUCUGCACUCGCCUCAGCUGAAGUGCCACUGUCAUCAUCGUUAUCAUCAGCGCUGCUGCUCUGCUUUUCACCAAACCUUUUAGAAAACAGCAGCUGGGAUGGUGUCUCCUGCUAUCGCUCUGGCCUUCCUUCCCCUCCUGCUGACACUGAUUAUCAGGUACCGCUUCUACUUUGUGCUGUUCUAUCGGGCAGUCCUGGUCAGGGCAUGGAAGGACUGCGUUACUGGUCUGAGCCGAGAGGAGCGCGCCUACCAGUAUGUUCUCACUCAUGCCAUCCCUGGAGACCCCGACAGCAUCCUGGACACCUUCGAUGUCUGGUGCAGCAAGGUGGAGUUCAUCAGCAACAUUGGGCCUAAAAAAGGGAAGAUCCUGGACCGGCUGCUGAUGGAGCAGAGCCCUCUGACAGUGCUGGAGCUGGGUGCCCACUGUGGGUACAGCACUGUGCGGAUUGCCCGGGUUCUGCCCCUGGGUGCCAGGCUCUACAGCGUCGAGAUGGACCAGAGGAACGCUGCCGUCGCUGAGAAAAUCAUCCGCCUGGCCGGGUUUGACGAUGACACGGUUGAGCUCAUCGUGAAUCCAUCUGAUGAGGUGAUCCCUAAGCUGCGGUCUGACUAUGGUUUGGAAAGGCUGGAUUUUGUCUUCAUGGACCACUGGAAGAAAUGCUAUGUCCCUGAUCUGCAGAUGCUGGAGGGCUCUGGUCUGCUGGGAAAAGGAUCCAUGAUCGUGGCCGACAAUGUGCUGUUUCCUGGGGCUCCAAAGUUCCUCAGACACAUUCGCAAGAGCGGCCUAUAUGAGUGGAAGGUCCACCGGGCCACACUGGAGUACAGCAAAGGCAUCAGGGACGGGAUGGCUGAGCUGGUGUACCAGGGAAUCAAGUAGAUCAUGCAGACUGGGAUAUCACACACUAUUACACAGAUACACAAUUUAGGAGUGGCAAUGGGUGAAUUGAUGAUGGUAUACCUCAUGUUAAAACUGUUUUUUUUUUAAAGAAGAUUGUGAUAGAAAAUAUAACUAAAUUUUUCCCUAAAAAGUUACAUUUAUCUGAAAACUGUAGCAUCUCAGUGACUAGCUUUUCAGAGAUGCAUUAUAUCUCAACUCAAGGAACUGCAUGAAUGUCUUUCAAAAUACCUCACUGCCAGCGCCCUCUCCUGUAAAAAAAAGAAAAGAAAUUGUGAUGUACCAAUUUAGUAACCCCAUGUGCACACUGUGGAUCUUUGUCACUUGUUGUCACCACCCCUAUUCUGUCAGCUAUCUAAUAAAAACACAAAUGUCAGAGAAAAUUCUUCAAAAAAUACCUUUUUAUUUAAACAUAACUGCCAAAUUCAUGAAAUAUGUUAAGCAAAUGAAGCCCAAUGACAACACAAUGUCAUUUUAGUGAGUUUAUAAUACAUGUCCUUUACGUACAAGUUUAAUAUUGAAAACUGUUGUAUGUAACCACUGCCUGUUCAAAUCUUUCCUGAUAUUAAAUGUUUAUCGUGGA